AUGCUAACAAUCGCCGAUUUGAUGCAAUUCAACGCCUAUGUUUGCCUAAUCGCUUCGAUUCUCCUGAAUUCUGUGCUCAUUUUUUUGAUUCAUAUGGAGAGAAGUCACGAGAAUUUCUAUCGAAUGUAUAACACGUUUUUCAUUUGGUCUGGUGUGGCGAAUUUGGCUAUGAGUUUGGGAUUUGCAGUGUUGCAGCCGGUUAGAUUUUCAGGCUAGUAGUCUUCAAUUUUUUCAAAAUAUUUCCAGGCCCCAAUCACCUUCCAAUCAAAAACCUACAUAGUUUUCCUCGGACCAUUUAAUUUUCUUCCGGACCUUCUUCUCAUCCCAAUAUUCUCAAUCUUCAUUUCAAUUUCAAUAUUUCAAAUCUUCAAAGAACCCGCCAUUUUCAUCCUUCGAUUCAUCUAUAUAACAAGAAAAAUGAAAAUGGGAGCUUUCAUUUUUCGAAAACUCCUUUCUCUCAUCCUUGCUCUUAGCCUAACUUUGGGCCUAGCAAAUUGGAUCAUUCUUCAAGAAUCCACGUUGGACAUCAAACCGGAUAUCUCAAAUAUAAUGGGAGAGGAUUAUGGAUUUUUGGCGGUCAAUAAUCAUGCGAUGAAUGUUUUGCAAGUUGGCGUAUGUUCAGUGGGAGUUUUUGGAUUUGUUGUGGGAUUUUUGAUUUAUCGUUCGAUUUAUGAAAGAGUUACACAAACUAUUUCGAUUGAUGGAAGGGCGAAUUAUCAGAGAUCUAUUGAUAUCAAUCAGACGCUUUUGGUUUCGGUAAGGUUUUGGGGAAAAAACCAAAAAUUAAUUUUUGAACUUAAAAUUUCAGCUUUUUUUAGCUACUUCUGAUAAAUUUAGGUUUCAGCUUUAGUGUAAGCCUGAAACAUUUAGGUCUAAAUUUAAUAUUUUUCCUAAGCCUAGAAAGUUAAGCCUAUAUAUCCACUGUGUUUGAAUCGUGUUUGCCUUAAAUUCAAAAAAAAAGCCUGAAUUUAAGCCUUACCAUAAUUGUAACCUAACCUAAGCCUGAAAAGAUCAAAGCUGAAAUUGAUCCCUCAAAUUCUUACAUAAUUUUUUGAUGACUUACGCUAACUAACACUUGGGGGUCUGAUGAAAAUAACAAUUUUUUAAUUGGAAAUUUUCAAGGAAAAAAUAAUCAUCGAAAAUGACGAAAUGGUGACAAAAAUUAGAAGUUUUCUAGAAUUUCAAGAAAAAACAGUAUCCCUACAGUAAUCCACCCUUUUUUCAGGCCAUCCAACAAAUAAUUUUCCUAACUCUUCCAAUUUGUCUUCUCUCAAUCUUCUCCAUCGAAGGAUUUCAAAUUUCGAUGAAAUCGAUGCCAAUUUAUUUGGGAACCUGUUUUUAUCCGAUCACAAAUGCUAUCACAACUUUCAUCCAUCUCAAAUAUUAUCAGCGACAAUUUCGAAAAUCUGGAAUGAGAUGUUUGGUGAAAUUGGGAUAUUUGAAGAAGGUGCCGAAUCGAAUUUCGACGGCGGUCGAGACUAGUGAUUUGCCUGGAAGUGGAUUGUGA